ACAUUAUCGAUUUUUUGAGUGAACUGUAUAAAGCGUAUUUGAAACUGGGUUAGCACAGUGGGUAAAUCUGAUGCAAGGAGGAAAUGCCUAGCUGUUUGUCACCGUUAUUAUUGGGAAUGUUUUGAGAACGAAAUCAUAUGAAAAUGGCUGAAGGGUGCAGCAAUAUCGCUACUGGGCAUCCACCCGUUUCCAUCGACUACUUGAAACGAACAGAAGCAAACGAAAUACAGGAUAAAGCAACAAGGUUGUUGACAGAUAGAGCAAAACAGGAUCAUUUCGAAAACGACAGCGACAGCGAGGCAGAUGAAGUUUUUCAGAAAAAGUUUUCGUACAGCAGUUUAAGACGAAGUGAAAGAUACCGGAACGAAAUAGAUGACCUGAAGAUACGUCUAGAAGAAGCAAACUGCGAAAUUAGAAAAUUGCGAAGGAGAGAAGAGACUAUGAGAAGACAACAUGAAGAUGUUUGCCAAAGUUAUAAAGCAGCAACUAAAACUAUAUUUCACCUACAGGCGUCAAAUGACAAUGUAUCCCAAAAAAUGACUGAAUCCUUUGACAAAUGCCUAAGCCUAAGAACAGUGUCCCCAGACACCACGUCUGAAAUCAUAAAUGAAAUCCAUCGAAAUGGACAAAAUGUCAUCGACACGCUGAAAAGAGAAAUCAACGAAGCUCUCCAAAAGAAAGAAGCUGGUCCCAACUAUGGGGUUACAGACACUGAAUUAAAAACGUUCAGCAAACUCUAUGCGCCCAAAUUAGAUGAGAAAUGGCGUUCAUUUUCUCUAGCCCUUGGUCUUACGGAGGACGCAAUAAAUGGCUUAGGGGCUAGGCACGACCCACAGAAAUUUGGUUACGAAAUGCUCCUGUUUCAAGUAUUAAAGCACUGGUCCAGGACAACUCAAAAUGUCUCUAGUCAGCAGAUCAUCCAGGCCGCUGAAGCCGUCGGGGUGGAGAGGGGUGCUGUAGAUUCUGGAUGUGCAAACGUUCCAGAUGUAGCUGACGUGCAAGCCGUCUUUAAAGCUGACCCUGGACUUGAAGGCUUUUGCUCCCGAUUAGCCGAUAGCCUAGGUUCUCAGUGGCGACAUCUUGCGAGACGUCUCGGUAUGCACGGAGAAUACCUGGACAGACUUGAAGUCAUUUAUGGGAAAUUUGGCAGCAGUGAGCUUGUUUGGUGUGUACUAGAACAUUGGGUUAAGACUUCAAAGACACCGUCUAGAGACGAUCUUGAAAGGGCCGUGCAUGAGAUUGGAGCUUUUUAUGUCCAAGACGAGCCCAUGGAACCACUUCACCGAGAUGUCAUCCACCACAAUCUCGCCUACCUCUACAAAGAACUGAUGUCAGUAGAGCUUCUCUUCCCCGGGCUGCUGCAAAAGCGAGUUAUUAGUCAAGCCCUCGUGGACGAGAUCAAAAUUUGUCGAGGAGACUCCGAGAGAAAAAUGAAGUUCCUCGCUAUGCUUCCAAACCUUGGGUGUCGGGCAUUCCCUGCUUUCAUAGAAGAAGUAGACCGACGCCAGAGACACGUUGCACAAAAGCUUAGAGAGGAUGUUGCUAGACGAGGAGGUGACCUGGUAGAACCAGAGAAACCAAUGGUCAACACUGAAACUCAACCGUGUCAACACCAAGUUCCUUCUGGAGAGCCCCAGAACUGUGUAAUCAAUGACUGUUCCACAUCUGAAAACAGAAGACGUCCAACCCAGCUAAAUGUCAAGAAGAGGAUUCGUAAGGGCACCCAAGAUAAGGUGCCGAUGCCAACUGGUAAGCUACGAAACAUGGAGGGUGCCCUGGUUAGUGCUGAAUCCGAUUCCAGUCAUCUCACUAUGGCCAACAACGACCAACAACUAUGUACGGUGAAUGGCGAUGACGCAUCAGGAAACAGACAAAUAUUGAACCAAAAUGGCAACGAGCAGAACGUUUUGCGGCAACGCCGUGUCAACUGCGCUUCCAGUAACACUUUGAUGCAAGGCGGCGCCCACAUUGUACGAGUGCCACGCAAUAGAAGACGCAGACCACAGGAAACUGAGAAAAACAGAAAGUGUUGCGUUGUGUCUUAAUUGGUUUAUUUAUUAUUAUUAUUAUUAUUUUUAAUGUGAUAUGGUUGUUGAAAAUGUUAAAAUAUUCUUACUUUUAAGUGUGUUGACUCAUUUCUUGGUACACAUUCAUCUUGCCACGUACCCUGUAGGAGAGAUUGCAAACAAGACAUAUACAGGUGUAAGAGGGUACGUUUCACUUGAAACUGAAAUGAGCAACAGCAGGCCUACCCAACUACCAGACUCGGCACAUAAGGAUCCUGAAUUAACCAGUAUAUA